AGACUUUUCUAUCCUGGCUCUUGGUCCCAGAGAGCCAAGAGAAGCCCGAGCCAGCAUCCCAGAUUGACCCCUCUUCAUUUCCAAUCUCUCUUGAAGGCUUCCAGGAUAGUCAAGAUUGCUGUCCUCUUGGGGAUAAGGAGAAGCAUCCCAGAAAACAAGCUUCAGGUAGGACAUGCAUAGCUGCCCCAAACUCUGCCGAAGUGAAGGGAGCCCCGCUGAACAGAGCAGAGCCGCGGAGAGUGGGAAUGGAGCCAAGCCAGCUUGGAGCCGUGAGUAGCGCGGGAGGUCCCUUUCCCGUGUCCUGGGUAGAGCGCUACACUCGGAGCCUCGCGCUCUUGAACAGCAGUUGCUCACUCAGAUGCGGCGGGUUGGUAGUGGUCUCCCCAACGGGAGGCGGGUGGCGUCCAGGUCCCCCAGCGCAGCCCUCGCGCAACAGAACCGAGUGGCCAUACUGCCGGUGCAGCUGCUCAGGGAAGAUGUGGCAGCUGCGUGGGACGAUGUCCAGGUGGAGAAUGGUUUCCAGAUGAAGAUGGAUGCCCACGGUUUCACCCCAGAGGAGCUGGCAGUGCGAGUGGACGGGCAGUGCCUGAUGGUGACGGGCCAGCGGCAAACGGAGGGCUACAAUCCAGAUGGGGGCUGCUACCGCAUAGCAGAGAAGAUGCACCAGCAAAUGCAACUACCAUCGUACCUGGAUCCCACAGCCAUGACCUGCUGUCUGACCCCGUCAGGCCAGCUGUGUGUCCGAGGCCAGUGCCCGGCGCUGCCUGCCCCUGAAGCUCCAACCAUCUCGAGACUCAGGAGCCGUGGCUCUAAGAAGGGUUCCAACCUAGCCUGACCCAGUAAACCACCACCCUCGUGAGCAGCAGCCUUGGAGUCCAUGGUCUUUUAUCAGGGUUGGGGUCAGAGGUGGAAGUAUAACCAAGGUAGAGGGAGGCAAGAAAGGCACCUCAAAGUGGUGGUCCAAGAAUUAGGCCUUUGGGCCCUGGCAGAAGCUGGGGGUGGGGUGGGAGGAGUGUUUUCCCACUCAGCUCAGGUCAGUGCUUGGACCAGUAUCCUCAGCCCUUGGCAGCUGAGAGCAGCAACGCCAGUAGGGAGCAGCAGAGGGCCAGGAGGGCCCAAGAGUCACCUGGUUCCAGAACCAGCAGAGGGCACCCUAGGGAGCAGGAACCAGAGGGCUUAGACCUUGUGAGGCUGCCGUCUUGCUCCGCCUUGUCAUCAGUCUCAAGUCCCAGCGGCCAUAGGUGUUUCUUCCUCUUCAGGGAAGAGGGUAAGAAGACCCAGUCCCUCACAGGCCCGGUACAGACUAACCAAAAAGCGUUUUUCUGGUGUUCCAUCAGAGACCAACUAUUUUCAAAUCCAGACUGCAAAUCACCCCAAUAUAAUUGGGAUGGGGUAGGAGAGAGGCAAAUGUAGGACCUCAACUUCAAACUUGGUGAGAUUCAGUUCCAAGUCAGUCUUACCCCAACCCCAUGCCAUCAGCACUCUUGGUUACCAUGAGACCAGCAUCCCCUUACUUAGGGUGUGUGA